AUUUCAGAUGGUAAAAUUGUGGGUGAAAUAGUGAAUGGAGGCGAAACAGCCCAAGUAGUUACCGAUUCCAUCUACAACGACGGACGAUGGCAUACGAUCUACUGGGAGGCGGACACUCAUGGAAUGAGGCUGCGAGUCGAUGGCAGGACAUCCGAAACUAAUGCUACACUCAUAUUGCCCAACGCUCAUCAGUGGACAAUAGGUUCACGAACAGAACGUGGAUCAUCGGGUUUUGCUGGCGUUAUACGAAGUGUCCAUCUAUGUGGAGAAGAGCUGACGUUGAGCUCGAUUGUCAGAAAAGACUAUGAUAAAGGUGUUCAUAUUGGCGAAGAGGGAUACUGCCGUGUGGGUCUCUGCAAGAAUGGAGGUGUUUGCGUUGAUAAAUACGAUGGCUACACCUGUGACUGCACACAAACUCCAUUUGGAGGCAGUGACUGUAAUAAAGAAUACAGCAUGUUCGUUCCGGCUGGUUCCUUCCUGCAGAUUCCGUGGCAGAAUCCAGCUCAUACUAAUAACUGCCAUCAGAUUGCCAUCCAGACCAGCGUCACCAACGUCUCGCUGGUCAAAUCGAAAGCUCUCUUUGCUGAGUCAACCUUCAACAUGUCCAUCACUCCGCAAGUCUUUGAUUUGAUGGGAACCAUCAAUACAAUUCGAAGGAAUUGGACAUCCUCUUCCAGCCAACUUCAGUUUGGACAUUCAUGGACAAAACCUGAAAAGAUUUCGCUUUCGAAUAAGCUCAAAGGUGUUUUGUAUUUUUUUGGUUUCAAAAACUUUUUCAGCGAUACACGGCAACCUUCAACAAGAACUCCCAACGACGAAGGCAUUCAUAUCCACGCCAUAGCUCACGCCAAACAUCACAUCAUCUCCGUCACUUCGAUUAUCGGUUUGGCGGUGGCCGGCCUGUUGGCGUUGCUGCUCGCGAUUCUUGUGUGCUGA